AUGGACAGUGGUUGCCAUGGCAGCAGGGGUCAGUGUCAGCUUCCACUCAUCAUUCCCAUCAUCCACCUGCAGACUCACAGAACCAAGAACCACAUCACUACCAGCACACCUGUCUCCAUCCAGUCAGACUCUUCAGGUGUGCAGAUCUACUUCACUCUGGACGGUUCAAAGCCAGGCAGGGACAGCGGGGGGACGGCGGGCAGCAGCAGGAAGUACAGCGGGCCCAUCCUGCUGCCUGCUGGCCGGGUGUCUGUCAGAGCCAUGGCCGUCACCAGUGAUGGCCGUCAGAGUUCUGUGGUGACCAAGGUCUUCUCAGUGGAUCAGCUGGAAGAUGUGGAUCCACAGAACCACCAGCAGGUAACCACACACUUCAUCUGUCUGAUGGAACUUCCUGCCUCUGCUGCGAACUCUGACAGUUCUUCACCGAGUCCCAAAGCUGCGAACGGUCUAUUGGUUUCCUACAUGGACGUAACUGUCUGUCAGGCAUCACAUGAGGUGGAGCAUCUGAGCAGCACGGACGGACCCAGAGGCAGCGAGAGACCAACUUCCUGUCCAUCCAGGUGUCCUCACUGUCUCAACGCUUGCCCAAACAGACCCGUUGGCCUCAGUUCUUGUGCUCAGUGUGGCGCCGUGGUUCCUCCGUUACCAGGCCAAAGACUUCCCCCUCCUGAGGCGGCACAGACGCUGCUGUGUGUCUUCUACCUCCAGGCCUGCCUCACCCUGCAGGAUCAUGUGGUGUGCGUUUCCUGUGGAAGUGGGAAUCCCGCCAACAUCUCCAGCUGUCUCACCUGUGAACACCAUUUGAAGCCGGUGGGCUGCGGUGAUGUCAGAGCCCCCUCUGUUCCAACAACCAACAGCAGGAUGUCCACCUGCUCCAGGUGUGAACGUCUGACAAGUGAUGCCAGAUUCUGCGACUGGUGCGGCGCCAAGAAGGCACAAGCUGUUAACCGUGUGGCAUGUUGGAGAUGUGGAGCGAAUGGACAUCCAUAUGCUCUCUUCUGUGCUGCCUGUGGUGUUCGCCUUGAAGCCCCUGCCCCGCCUACUUCCGGCAGUGACAUCACACACCCCGUCAGGGACGCCACCUCCAGUCGGGUAACUCCGCCCACUGUGGAUCAGUGCACGCAGACAGUAGGACUUUAUUAUCCGUCAGCAGCUGAGCUGGAGAAGAAGGAGCAGCAGAGGGUACUCCAGGUGAAACGCCGCCCACCGCUGACCGCCAUCAGCCCCGGCCGAGGUUACUGGAGGAAGCAGCUGGAUCACGUGUGUGCUCACCUGAGAAGUUACGCCCAAAACAACGCCCCUUUCAGGGCUCUGCUGGGAGAGCCUCGUCUGGGUCGGAUGGUCUCUGCUGUGAUUCAGGAUGAUCACGAAAAGGUCAGUCUUACCUUCAGCUUCAUGUCAGCUCGACAGGACGAAUAUCAGGAUGGUUCUGAUGGACCGGCAGGUGGAGGAUCUGGACCGCAGGUGGAGGAUCUGGACCGGCAGUGUUACAGAGCAAUCCAUCAGCAGCAGCCUCAGAUGUUGCCGGGCCUCAUGUGGGAUCAAACCAAGACUAAAGUCCACACCUGCAGCGUCCAACAGCCAGCUACUGAAAGAGCUGGGUCAAGGUGGGGUCGGAUCAGCACUGUCCAGCAGCUCCUCGAUCAGGGGGCAGAUCCUUCCUGCUGCGGCAGUGAUGGCCGACAUGCCCUGUCUGUUGCCGUGGUCAGUCACCAUUAUGUACUUCCUGUUCUGGUGCAGCGAGGAGCCGACGUGGACCAACGGUCUGGACCGAUGAAGAACACAGCUCUCCAUGAUGCUGCAGCUCUGGGUGCCAGAGGUCUGCAAUGUGCUGAAGUCCUGCUCAGAUGCAAGGCAAGCAUGCGUCUCAAGAACGGCGCCGGUCAGACGGCGUAUGACGUGGCGGUGACCUCCAGCUGCAGCGACAUGGCGUCUCUGAUGACAGCCCAGACUGGACUGGAUUUACUGGGCCAACUGGGACGACCUAGACUGAACCUGAUGUGUUCUGACUGGUUUAUCUGCAGCAUCGGGAGCUUUAGUCCCAGACAGUCUGGUCAAGGUUCUAGUAAAUUAGAAAAGAAAGUAUGAGAUCAUCACAGGAGGAAGUGACCUCAGACUUUCAGCACCUCACUUCCUUGUGAAGGACCAAUCAGUUCAAGUUCAAGUUUAUUUAUAUAACACAUUUUCUGCAACAGCAGA